AAUGAAAAGAAAUGGAAAAUUCAAGAUUGUAUGCACAUGUGUAGGUCUUCAAGCAGUAACGGAUAGGCUCUCGAGGCCGGCUUCGUUUACUUUCUUCGGUCACGCUGGAGUAAUCCCGUUAGCUGUUGUGAACAAAUUCGUUAUCAAAACUGUACGAGGCAACGUUCACGAGUAAAGUCCAGAUCGAUAAUUUGAUUAUGCACGAAUAACGGAGCUGUUCGAAGUACCUAUCGAACGACGGAAUGCACUCGCUUCGAAGGUAUUUACUCAUAAAACUGCAACGCGAUACCCACGAAAUUAAUUAAUUAUCGGAAUUUGGGUCGGGGAGCUACGUCAUGCAGAGCCGGAGCGUAGCCAGAGGGUGAUGUGGGAAAUGCCGCUGUAAAUUUUGGAAUUUAUUUUAACGAGAUUAUACAAAUAUCCGGUCGAGAGUUAUUUGCCAUCGUUCAAAAAUUCAACUGCAAUCUUUACUUUUCACAUAUAGAAUAUGCGCAUACAUGCAUAUUAUAUAGACGUUCUAAUAAAAUGCGAGAUUUUUAUUCAGUAAUAACAGCUGCAUGUGAGUAGGAAACGUUGAAAAUACACAAAUCUAUAUAAUUAUGCCAAUUAAUUAUUUACAUAGCUACGGAAUUUUAUUUUAAUGUCACGUUAAAUUUUACAUCGAUAACAUUGCUCAAAGUUAACGUGACGUAAAUUAACCUGGCAUUAAAAUAAAUUCGUAUUAUAAUAAAGAAUAUUAUCAUAUCCUUUGCACGCCACAUCCGGCUGAUAAUGAUUAGAUGCUCCCGUUAAUUGUGCGGAUUGGGCGUCAGUUUCUUACGAGCGUUAGUGAGCGUUAGUCGUGGAUCAAUUUAUGUCGUUGUUGUGAAGAAAUAGAAAAAUCAGGAAUGCAGGAAUGCGAUCCGGAUCAUAUUGCGCUUAUAUCAGCCAUCGAGAAUGGCGAGUUCGACGAGGCAAGUGAAAUUUUGACGCGCGAUAGCGAAAAUAAGUAUGUGCGUCCAGUAGGUGCCCUUCAAGUGACAGCCCUACAGAUGGCUGCUUGGCAGGGAAACAUAGAUCUGUUGAAUCGACUCUACGAGAAAGGCGCCGAUAUAAACGGUACGGAUAAAAUUGGUAGAUGCGCCCUUCAUUACGCGGCGCACAAUGGUAAUACCGACGUGACAAGGUGGCUUCUUCAACACGGAGGACACAUCGACGUCAAAGUCGGCAUCUACUCAUGUACCAAGGGCAUCCCGUAUUCUUCAUUGACAAAAUCCUACGUCGUAGGAAGAAACCUACCAGUACCCGUGUGCUGGGGAAGAACGCCAUUGCAUCAGGCGGUGAAAAAUAAUCACGCGGACGUUGUGCGCGUUUUGGUGGACGGCGGUGCGGAUGUGAAUGUUAAAGACGAGUGCCUGAUUACCCCGUUGCUCUUGGCGGGAAGUGCGGUGAAUCGCGACGAUCUCAAUGAGAUGACUAAGUUCGUCGAGAUCGUUAGGAUUCUGGUCGCCGCAAAGGUGUUCGUUGACAUUAUUCAUCCGGACACGGGUACCACUGCUCUGCACCAUGCAGCAAUGCUAGGCAGUGCAGAAGCAACGAAGAUAUUGUUGUCAAAUGGUGCGUGGCCGAUGUAUAAAUGCAAGAGCUCCGGAAGCACGCCUCUUCACAUUGCUGCGAGUACAGGGAAUAUUGAGACACUAAUGGUUCUAAUUGAAGCAAUGCAGUGCCAUAACAUUGAUACGCGCGAUCAGAUCAAUCGUACGGCUCUUCAUAGAGCGUCUUAUCGGGGUCACCGCGAGUGCGUACGAGCUUUGAUCAGUCAUGGAGCUAAUUUGGCCGCGGUAACGAAGACUGGGAUUACCGUCGUGGACGCGAUAUUCGCUCAUAUUUCGCGACCAUUCGCCUUUUUAACAGACGUCUUGGAUUCUUGCGUACGAACGACUAAUAAUUCCCCUUCGGAGAAAUACGAGAAUAUCACUGUCGAUUUUGGUAUAUUAGCCCCAAAGCACCAGAUGCAAAUGGCAGUCGUCACAGCCGUUACAGCCGCAGCUUCGGAUAUAAGACAACUGGCGAUAUUGCAGCAUCCACUUGUGGAGACGUUUCUCAGACUAAAGUGGGCAAGAUUAAGAAUACUUUUCUUCCUUCUUAUACUCGUACACUUGUCCUUCGUUAUUUCUCUCUCGGUUUAUGCUAUAAUGUUUGCACAUAACGACGCUGAUCACAUGGUGACUCGAAGAAUCCUAGCGAUCUGUUCUUGCAUUCUUUUGUUUCACAAUACGAUUCAAGUUGUAUUAGAACCAAGACAUUAUUUGAGACAAUUAGAGACGUGGUUGUCACUCAUAUGCGCCGUGCUAUCCUUGAUAACGUCGAUAGCGGGAGAAUUUGUAAAAUGUUCAAAGGAAGAAAUUGAGUCUCGGCAUUGCGUGCACUGGGUGCUACAUUCCAUCAGCAUCGCAAUCUUGUUGAGUUGGAUGCAAAUGAUGUUGUUAAUUGGUCGAGUUCCAAUGUGGGGAUAUUAUGCCCUUAUGUUUUCCACGGUAUUGAAGAAUAUUCUAAAGGUUCUCUUAGCGUUUGGCUACUUGAUUGUCGGAUUCGCGUUAAGUUUUGUCGUUUUGUUUCACGGAAACGAUCAAUUUCAUAAUGUCUGGAGAUCCAUCGUAAGGACUGUGGUAAUGAUGAUGGGCGAGUACGAGUACGAGGAGUUGUUCAAUACCGAGAACGACAAGGGUACUUUUCUACCAAUCACAAGCAGAAUUGUGUUCUUCAUCUUCAUCAUGCUCGCCAGUAUCGUUUUGAUUAAUCUCAUGAUCGGUCUGGCGGUCAACGACAUUCAAGAAAGGAAAUUGGAAUCUCGCACUAUUCAACAUGAAUACCCUCUUAGUAGCCAAAAGUUACAUUACGUGAACGAUGGAUCGAUAUGGAAAUUAAUCAGUAUCCGAAUUAAUAUCGUUGCAUUAGGGCCAUAUACGUCGAUUGUUGAAACAAGCGGAAUUUGUCGCACAUCUGGAAAGGGUGACGUCACACCGAAUCUUUCGCAGCAAUUGGCUACAUCCUCGCUUAAGAAUGCUGUUGCACUCGAGACGCGACAUUCCCACAAAAAUUACGCUGGUCUCUCGUGAAAAUUAUUUUCAUCAUAUGAGUCAUUUUACGGAGUCGCCUCUUAAGAUUCCAGCCGAUCUAAUAGAAUCUUUAUUUCUGUUAGCCGCCAAGACAUCUUU